UGGACAUUGCUGUGUGCGUAGCUCUCCGAGCCUCCUGCGCCCAAAUGUUGACGAUUUCUGUGUGGCCAAAUUAAACAUUGGUAGUCUCUUUUUCUCUAUAUAAUUUAUUCUCCUUGGUGUUCUGAGGAACAGAGGAACGAGAAUCAGCCUUUCCUUUCCAAGUGCAGGAGAUUGUGAAGUUUGUGCGUGGGCAUCUGCUUGUUUAAAAUACUUUUUCGCGACUCCACUUGUGGAUUAUGACCCUGGACACUGACUUAAUGGAUGACCUCGUUGUCGACGUGGUAGGAGAAGGUGGCAAGGACUCUGGAGACGAGCAUCUUUCGUCUUCAGCUCUUUCCGCAUCCGACCAGGUACACAACAAUUUGGCAUCUUUGUCCGAAAAUCGGUCCAACAAGGACGAUAAGGACCACGUACCCUCUCCCAUAUGUCCCUUAACUUCGAGCAAAGGCACUUCGGUGAAACCGCCCUAUUCCUACAUCGCCCUGAUCACCAUGGCGAUCCUCCAGAGCCCAAAGAAGCGUCUCACUCUCAGUGAGAUCUGCGACUUCAUCAGCCACCGGUUCGUGUACUACCGAGAGAAAUUCCCGGCCUGGCAGAACUCCAUCCGACACAAUCUUUCCUUGAACGACUGCUUCGUAAAAAUGCCACGCGAGCCGGGUAAUCCUGGAAAGGGGAAUUACUGGACUCUCGAUCCGAAUUCAUCGGAUAUGUUUGAGAACGGAAGUUUUCUGAGGAGGAGGAAGCGAUUUAAACGACAGCACUUCAAAUUCGGGAUGUUCAAAGAUCAAGCGCUGCAACCGAGCGGCUUUCCAAACCUCCCAUACUGCGCGUAUGGUCUCAGCGCGUCCUGUGCGCAUUUACCAGGUUUGGAUAUCUACCCGUUUGGCUUCCAUCAGCCAAUCGGUGUUCCACCUGUUGGCAGCAUUUUACCGGCUCUGUCCACGUUUUUCUCGAGGAACUCUCUCGCCACCAAGUCUUUCCCACAGACUCAAACAGUAGCCAUAGAGCCUGUCGCCCCUGGCCUGGCCUGUCCAGUGGUUCCGACCUCUCCAUACGCAUCCUCAGCACUGUUCAAUCCGGUGGGCUUCCCUCGGGUCCUCAGUUUUCAGUAUGAGUACCAGAAGCUGCAAAAUCUGAACAAUCACCUGGAGUUGACCACUAAACACAGACACCUGGCUAGCGUAAAUGACUAGGAGCGCAUUGCGAAAAAAACAAAAAAAAACAAAAACAUUUUUAUACAAAUAUUUUUCUCAGGAAUUAUUUCAUUUAUCCGAGUAUCAAGAGUUAGAUCACGUCAAAUAAAAGCAUUUUUAUCAGGAUUCCACAAAGUGAAGUUUUUCUGUUCCAUGCUGAAAAUGUUAACUGAUGCAUUUUAUUCUAUUGGAAUGGUGAAAUAUUUGAAUAACCGAGUUUCGAAUGUUCAAACUAUUUAAAUGACGAAUUUCCUUUUAGCGUUUUGACGGAAAUAAAACUGACAAUUUUAAAUGAAAAAUAAAUGUGAAUCAUGAUUCUAAAUUUGUUUAAUGGGCAAUAACAGUUUUUUUUUUCUUUUUUUUUUCUUUUUUUUUUAA